AUGAUUGAAGAAGGCUUGAAAAGAUCUCCUUUCCAGUCACAAGAGGAUUACAAUUUAUCCAAUACCACUCCGGAGCUUUUGAAAUUUCAAUUACAAGAGGAACAUAAAAGUAAGAUUAAAGAAUUGGAAGAUAACGAAGAUAGUGGUAUAAUCAAUGAAAGUAAUUAUAGUUUAUAUUUGCAGAACAAACUAGAUGAAGGAGAUAUAUCUAUUGAAGAGAUCUCCAGUUUACUUUCUGAUAGUUCGAAUGAAGAUGAAGACAAGCCCAAUUACCUCAAUCUUAAGAUCUUGAUUGAAAACUCAGCUUUCGAGAAUAGUAAAUUAAGCAAAACUUCGAUCUUAUCGAUCAAAUCUUUGAACCAUUUGAAGAGCUCCAUCGAGGAAAAGACCAAUUUAAAAGAUUACUACACUUCGAAGUUAACGAUUUCUAAGAAGUUCUUGAGUUUGAAAGACAUGAACGAUGAAGAUUUAAUCAAAGUGCUCAAAUCUAUUAACUUAUUGAAUGACAAGAUUUUUCAUUUGAAUGAUGAAAUUAAUGAUUUAACUGACAAAUUGACCAAUCACAAUUUAUCUUGUUUAUUAUUAGGAUAUAUUGAAGAUGUUAAAUUGAACAAUGUCAACUACUCCACUAGUAAUGAAACAAUGUCGAUAUUUGACAAGUUCAUUGGUUAUAUUGCCUCCAUCUCAGUUGAAAGACACAUUAAUUUACCUCAACCUCCCGAUAAUGAAUCAUUGGAUGAUAAAUUUAAUUGGUUGAAGAAUUGCAUUGAUGUCUUAUUGAACAAUAAUCAUGAUGUGAACGACGAAACCAAUUUAACUAUACCCACAAAUGCUAACACCCCAUCAAAAGAUUAUAGUUUCAAUGACUCUUUGAUGUCAUUAAGUCCAAUCAAAGGUCCAAUAAGUCAUUCAAAUAAUUCAUCCACUAAUGAACAAAUGAAGAUAAUAAACGAAUACAAAACUGCAUUAAAUGACUUGAGAUUCAGUCAUCAAUACCUCAUCAAAGAAUUCGAAUAUUCCAGAGAGAAUUCUAUGAAGAUAAUCCAAGAUUACCGUAAGAAAAAUUCAUUGUUGGAAAAACAAUUGAGUCAGAAAGCUACUAAUUCUAAUGACACAGAUAAAGAUCAAGAGAUAAGCAAGUUGAAGAAACAGUUAAAUAGCUUAAAGAUAGAUAAAUUGAGUGAAAUAGAGUCUGGUAGUAUGAGUAAUGGUAUUUUAAGGAAAGAAUUCAAAAAAAUCGUUAGUGACAUUCAAGAUCAAUACGAAAUAGAAUUAAACCAUGAAAGGAUGUUGAGGAAGAAGUUGGAAGAUGAAAUUGAUAAUUAG